CUCCAAACAGUUCCGUCGCAGUUCUCCAACGGUACAGAUCGUCUGAAAAAUAUAACUACUCAAUUAUUAAAUAGUUGCUAACAAGUUUUCAAAAUGCUGCGUUAUCUAGUGGUUGCCCUGGCACUUUGUGCGACAAUCUGUUCAGCAGCUCAGGCGCGUAACAAUGCCAUCCAGGCCAUAGCCUAUCUGACCGGGCCAGUGCAGGCGGAUAAUAGCCAGGUCAAGGGCAAUGUGACCUUCACCCAGAACGAUUGCGGCCAGAAUGUCCAUGUGCGCAUCCAAUUGGAGGGCGUCAAGGAGGGCAAGCAUGGCUUCCACAUCCAUGAGAAGGGAGAUCUGAGCAAUGGAUGUGCCAGCAUGGGUGCCCACUACAAUCCCGAUAAGGUUGAUCAUGGCGGUCCCAAGCACGAUGUGCGUCACGUUGGAGAUCUCGGUAAUCUGGAGGUCAACUCAACGGGCAUUAUUGAUAUUACCUACACGGAUACAGUGAUCUCUCUAACUGGCAAGCGAACCAUCAUUGGACGAGGAUGUGUCCUCCAUGAGCUAGAGGAUGAUUUGGGUUUGGGUAACCAUACGGAUUCCAAGAAGACUGGCAAUGCUGGCGGCCGCAUUGCCUGUGGUGUUAUUGGUGUCAACUCGGAGGAUCUGGAGGAAUGGCCAUGCCGCGAUGGUGGCGCCGGCGCCCUGCGCAGCUCCCUCUCCAUCCUGACCGUCAUCGUGGCCAUGUUCUUGGCCCGCAACAUCGACUAACAUCCUUUGGAUUGGACUGAGCAUGUGUGGCAUGUGGCAUCGGGAUACUGCAUCCGCACUUACACUUCCAAUAAUACGCACACACACACCCCAAGCAUACACACCUGUAAUUAGUCACACAAUUUAUAAAUAAUACUCCAGCCACAACAACAACAACAACUCUAACAACAUAAUCCACCCCAAAAAAUAACAAACUCUGAGGAAACUAACUAAACUACACAUGUAUUAUGUUUGAAAAACAAUUGAUAAUAAAGUUUGUUACUUGUA